AUGUUUUGGUUAUUGGUUUUGUCUCUUAUCUCACAAGCUUUAGCUGUCGUGGAGUUCACUAGCCCUGAAGGUGGUGAAACCUUCAGCGUCAGUGGUUCGACCGUAACUAUCCCUAUUGAGUUCAAAGAUGAUGAAAGCUUCCCCAGCAUUGCAGAUGCCAGUAACUUGGUUAUCUCCUUAUGUACUGGUCCAAAUGGUGACAUCAGCUGUUCCGAAAUUGAGACCACUCCCCCCGCUGACCUUCUGUCGGGCUCCACGUAUGAAUACGAUGCAAGCGUACUGGCAACAUUUGGAAGAAGCGGAAGCUACUAUUUACAGAUAUAUUCCAAAUACUCGGGUGGUUAUGCCAUCGUGUAUUCUGAUAGAUUUUCCCUGCAGAGCAUGACAGGUACUUUGACUCCUUCAGGUUCUGGUUCUCCUCCAGCAAACGACAUUUCCAUGAGCAACGCACAAAAUGCCGAGAUAUCCAAAUCUUUUACCGUACCAUACACCUUACAAACUGGUCGUACGCGGUAUGCUCCCAUGCAAACUCAACCAUCUGGCACUGUGUCCGCAACCGGUUGGACUAGAAGAUACCCCACCAGCUCUGUUAGUUACUACUCUACACUAGUCCCUAGCCCAGCUGUGUAUUCGACCAUAACUCCGGGGUGGGAUUACUCAUACACUUCUGCAGUUAACUUUGCCACACCCGCUCCUUACCCUUCACAGAACGGAGGAUGGUAUGCAGCCAGCAGACGUAUUAGCAGACCUUUCAUUCAAGCUACUACUGCUCUACAACGCCGAUGGGCCUACUGA